AAAAAAAUAUGGAAGGAAGUUCAAGUCAGAGUGGAAAUUCUUCUACUAAUACUACUUCUGGUAGCUUAGAAAAUAAUGACCCUGUUUCAUAUAAAACGAUUUUGCAUAAAAAUAUUCUCAAUAAUCAUAUCCUUCUCAAAUUAGAAGAGGAUGGUUUCACUACGCCAGAUGACAAAGUGGAAGAACUUUUAAAAAAUCUAACUAAACCAAGUUAUUUGUAUGCACUUAAAUUACUUUUUGAAAAUUUACAAAAUGAAUUUUCAUCUCAAUCAUUAAUAAAUUCGUUAGAAGCUCUAAUUGAUUCCACAUCUUUUAAUUAUUAUUCCAAAGAAAGCAUGGCUAGACUAGAAUUACAUUUAAGGACUUGGGUGACAGUCUUAGAAAGAAUUUGUUUUUCACCAAUAGUACUUAGUAAAGUACUUCGAGAUAAAGUUUAUAAUUCUUUAGCAAAUUUUGCAGAAAUUCACCGUAAAACAACUCAAGUUAUCGAAAUAGGACUUGAUAAAAAUUUUAGACCAAAUUUCAAUCAAUUCAAUCAACAAAACAAUAAUCAAGAUGAACAAAUUAUUAAAAAACGUAAUUAUAAUAUUGAUUUUUUAUUAAUCCAUUUGCGAGAUACUCUUCAUAGUCUACGUGAUGAUGAAACUUGGUUUCAAGAAAUUAUACGAAGGACUAAAGAUUUUCUUAAAGCUGCAUUAAAUAUUACACCAGGAAUUUUAUCAAUAACAGGAGUUUCUCUUCCAAAUGAUAAUUGUUCAAUCUUAUCAUUGCUUAAUCAAGUACGUCAGAGUUUAAGUUUUAAAUAUCCAGUAGCAUCUUAUUAUGUAGAUUGGAGAAUUAUGUUAAUAAUUCAACAUAAUCUUUUCAUUUGGUCUGAAAGUGAAAAGAUUAUAAGUAAAAAAUUUGGAGAAUUAGUAUUAAUGGAAUAUAUUUGGAGCUUUUUGGAAAGAGAAUGGGUUAAUGCUGUGGACAAAUCUAUUUUAGAUUCUCAAACAAAAUUUGAUGAAGUAUCAAAUAAAGUCGCUAAAGCUUUGAAAAAUACUGGAGGCUUUUUAAAUGAACUUGCUGGAAAUGAACCUAUAGCACUACCACAUAGUUUGUGGUUUGGAAUAUUAGAUCUUGCACAAAAUCUUAUCCAAAGAUCAUCUCGAAAAGCAACAUAUGGUCUUUGUUAUUAUUUAGCAAUUGAAUCACUUAAUAAAGCACCAAGCAGUUUUAUUCAAUUUAAAUCUAUUGAAUUAUUAUUAAAUUUAUAUAAUAUUGAUAAUAAAAUGUUUUCAAUGAUUGAAAUUGAUUUUGAUCAAUACACGCAAAAAUCAAGUGAAAAUAAUUUGGAAGAUUCUUUAGAAAAAUUUCAAAAUUUAUUAACUUUUGUUAAAGAGAAAUAUCUUGAAGAUUUAAAAAUUCUAAGUAAUAAUGCUGGAAAAGGAAAAGAGGGAAAAGGAAUAAACUUAAAUCAAAAUUCAUAUUUAAAGAAAGAACAAAUAUCAAAUUCUAACAUUUUAGAUGUUAUAGCAGAUGAAAUUACUUGUCCAAUUAAUCAAAAAAUAUGUCCUAAUUGUCGAGAAAAAAUUGAAGAUAAUGAUAUUAGAUAUUUAACACAAAAUUCAAUUUAUAAAAAUUUAUAUGCAAAAUUUUUUGAAUCUGGACAUAUUUUACCUUCAAUUGAAUUAGAAAAUUCUGAUCAAUUAUAUGACAGUGAUGAAUCAGAUAAUUCGGAAGUUGAACUCAUAUUAACUAAAAAAAAGAAAUUUAUGAAUUCAAUUAUUAAGUUAAAUUCAAAAAUAUCAUCCCCAAUACUUUCAAGAAUCACAAAAAAACAACAUCCAACAUACCAAAAUAUUAUAAAAGAAAUAAAUGAAAAAAAUUAUGAAAAAGCUGAAUCUUUAUGCAAAGAAUUUAUAAAUUUUUUUCCUAAAAGUUAUUCUUUAAGAUGUAUUUUAGCGUAUGUUUAUAGAUGUCUUAACAAUUACGAACAAGCACACUUAUUUUUAAAUGAGGCUAUUGAUUUAAAUCCCAAAAGACCAGUUGCUUAUUUUAUUUGUGGAGAAAUAUUUUUUAGACAAAAUGAUUAUGAUGAAGUAAUAUAUAAUUUAAAAAAGUCAAUAAAUUAUAAAGCAAAAAUAAAUAACUCAUAUAUAUUACUCGGAAAUAGUUACUUAUUACGUAAUUUUCUUGGUGAUUAUGCAAUAGCUAUAGGAAAUUAUAAUAUUGCAUUAAAAAAUGAUCCAAAUAAUUAUUUAUGCCUUAAAAAUUGUGCAUACGCUUAUGAAAAAGAAGGAGAUUAUUUAAGUACAUUAAAUUUAUUAGAUAAAUUAUUAAAUAUCAAUAAGGAGGAUUCUUUGAUUUUAUGUUAUUAUGGAGAAAUUUUAUAUAAUAUGACACAAUAUAGAAAAGCUAUAUCAUACUUUACAAAAGCUUAUACUAUAGAUCCAGAAAACAUUCAUAACUUGAAUAGGAGAGCUAUUACAUACUAUAUUAUUAAGGAAUAUGAUAAAGUAUUAUCAGAUCUUGAUAAAAUUAUACAAUUAGAUCCAUUAAAUAGUUUAGCAUAUUAUCUUAAAUGUUUAACGUAUUAUACAAAGAAUGAUAAUAACAAUGCUAAAGUAUCAUUUAAAAAGUAUGCAGAAUUAUUGAAUUCUGAUAAUAUUUUAGCAAAGAUUCAGUACAAAAUUUAUAUUGAAUUAAAAGAGUAUAGUAAAGCAAGACUAGCUUUAAAUGAUACAUCGUACUAUGAAUUUGAAUCUAUUAGUUAUUUUAUACAAGAUCAUCCAGAUUUUUGGUCAUAUUUAUAUGAAGAUUGUGAAAUUAACAAAAACGAUUUUACCGAAUUUGGAAUUGUCGAUGAAUUUAGUAAAUUUAUGUAUAAAGAAAAACGAGUAUAUUUUAUUUCAAAUCUUACAAAUUUGAAUAGUGAACUUUGUCAAUUUCAAGAAAGUGAUAUAAGCAGUUUAUCAAGGCUGGUAAUGUCUUCUAAAAAUGAAAAUCUUCAUUUGGUUUUGCCUAAACUAAAAAAUAUGUAUGAUUAUAAUUAUCUCAUUUGUAAAAUGAAUGUUAAAAAAAUAUUAUCCAAGGAUUGCUUUAUAAAAUUUAUAUUCAAUGACAAUUAUCAAAAAGAUCAUAUGUUAAAACAUAAAGAUGUAUCAAAACUUGAGGGGUUAGGUUGGAUAGAAUAUCAGACUUCAAUAAUUGGCCUACCUUAUGAUGCUCAACUUUCAAUUGAAAUAAAUUCUAUUGAAAUGCAAAUAGAAUAUAUUCGAUUAGAAGAUAUUCCAUACACAAUAACUCACAUUACCAACAUAAAUUUAAUGGGUUAUUUGUUUCCAGUUUAUCGUAAAUUUUUCUCAAAUGUUCCAGAAACUUUCAAAGACAAGUAUUUUUCAAGAAAAGAAAUGGAAAAUUUGCUUGAUUUAAAAGAUAUCCUUGACAGCUUAUAA